GCUUCAACACCUCUGACUCUGAGUCACUGAAAGCAUAUAACAUGCAGUCUUGCGUGUCCAACUGACAAAAGUGAAGAGUGCGGUCUUGUGACUAACACUGGAUCCCAAACAAAGCUGACCUGCAUUUCAACAUAAAGAUAAAGCUGAUAAGGGUAAAAAUAAGUCCUGACUACAUGAAAGGUCUACUCUCCUGUGAGCAGAAAGCCCAAAAAAAUGUUUGGCCUGAAAGUGAAGAAGAAGAAGAAGAAAGACAAUGAAGAUCUGGUUCUGGCAAACAGGGGAGCCACAGACAGUGAGGUGGAGGCCGCUCCUGAAGCUUCUCUCCUACUGGAGGGAGAAAACACUGACGAUAAACCAAAACAAUCUGCAGCAAGAACCAGAACAAUCCCGAACACCAACAGGUCCAAACUGAAUACUCGCAUUCAGGACAGUGAAGCGAAACCCCAGAGCUUCCAGAUUGCCAUUAAUAUCACAGAGGCCAGACAGCUUGUGGGGGAAAACAUUGACCCGAGCAUAGUGAUAGAGAUUGGUGAUGAGAAGAAACAGACAUCAGUCAAGGAAGGAACCAAUGCUCCUUUUUACAAUGAGUAUUUCGUGUUUGACUUUUUUGCCCUCAAAGAUGUCUUCUUUGACAAAGUGAUCAAGCUGACGGUUUUACACUCUAAAAUGCUGAGGAGUUUCUCUGUUGGAUCCUUUAAGUUAGAUGUGUGGACAGUCUACAAACAGCCAGGUCAUCAGUUCAUCAAUAAGUGGGCAAUGCUGACCGAAUGUGGUGACAUUAGCACUGGGGUCAAAGGUUAUAUCAAGUGUGACAUCAGCCUUUCAUUGAAGGGAGAUACCAUGCAGCCAGGACAAAAAGCAAGUGAUGCCGAGGAGCAGAUAGACAAGAACCUGUUGAUUCCAGAUGGGUUUCCUUCUGAACGACCAUGGGCUCGUUUCUGUGUGAAGGUGUAUCGAGCUGAAGGCCUUCCCCGCAACAACUCCAGCAUCAUGGCUAAUGUCACCAAGGCCUUCAUAGGAGAAAACACAGCACUCAUAGACCCAUAUGUUGUGGUCAGCUUCUUCAAACAAGUGGGUCGGACUUCAACACAAAAGUCGACAGCAGAUCCAGUGUGGAAUGAGCAGAUUGUCUUCACUGAAAUGUUUCCUCCUCUGUGUCAGAGACUGAAGAUCCAGGUUUGGGAUGAGGGAAGCAUGAACGACGUUGCCAUUGGAACCCAUUACUUUGACCUGAGAUGCAUCUCCAAUGAACAGGAUGGUGACAGAGGGUUUUUACCAACAUUUGGCCCUGCUUGGAUCAACCUGUAUGGGUCUGCUCGAAAUUUUUCUUUGGGUGAUGACACAGGGGAGCUUAAUGAGGGCAUUGGAGAAGGUGUGUCGUACAGGGGCCGACUCUACAUGGAGCUGGCUGUUGAGAUUCUGUCGGGAGGGACAGGGUCAGACUCCAAACUUAGCCGUAUAAUGAAGCCAAUAAAAGAUGCUAAAGCAGGAAAAGCUGGAGGGAAAGAUGGGAAAACCCCUGCAGGAGGAGCAGGCACAGGUGGAGCUGCUGAUGAUGACAAAGGAAGAGCUGCAGCAGAGGUCCUGCCUGUGGAUCCUCCUCCUGUGCUUAAUGCAGACGACAAUGAGAGCUUCCUGCUGUUUGGUGCGUUGUUUGAGGCCACCAUGAUUGACAGGAAAAUUGGAGACAGGCCUAUCAGCUUUGAGUUCUCUCUUGGUAACUAUGGUAACACCUUAGAGUCUGCCCCUCAGCCCACUAUCAGUUUCACCAGUCCUGCAGUCCCUCGGAGGAUGCCAAGAGUGCUGGAUUUCCCAGACACUAGUGAUGUGUUCGGCUCGUUCUCUCUCAGCACCUCCCCUAACAGCCCUACUUCCCCCCUGCUACCCAGAGAAACUCAAGACGCUGCCAUGACUUCAAAAUCCACCACAUCUCCAGAAAAACCAAUCAUUGUGGAAGGAAACAGGUUGUACAUGUACCUGCCUCUGGAGAAGCAGAAGCCAUGUAUUAAUGUGCUGAGUCACUGGGAAGAAAGAACCUACCGAAUGCACAACUCAAACAUGCUGGACAACAUAGCAGUUCUUCUUGAGGAGGGGGUGACAAAUGCAUGGGAGCUCCACAGAAAGUCAGAUCCUGCAGCCGAGCUGCUGAUGAAAUCUGUCCUCCAGGACUUUUGUGCAGAUGCCAGGAGUUUCAUUGAAACAGCGGAGGCUAAGUUGAAGGCUGAGCUGAAGUCGACUUAUCUAACACAGCUGGACAAGAAACGCCUGACCAUGUGUAAACAGGAGCUGGAAAGUAUGAUAGGGGAGGCACAGUCCCUGGUAGGGAGGAAGAAAAAUGCUGGUGGUGUGAAAGAAAUGCUACAGGACGCAGCAAAACUCACACAUAAACUCCGCUUUCUUGUGGAGGAGCCCCAGCACACAGUUCCAGACAUGUUUGUGUGGCUGCUGAGCAACAACAAGCGUGUUGCAUACGCCCGGGUUCGAACCAGAGACCUGCUGUACUCCAGCAGGCAGGAGGCCCGAGGAAUUAACUGUGGCAAGGUCAUAACCCUGUUUCUCAAGCCUCCAGGUAAGCGUGUUGCAGGCUUAUCAGUCCAAGCGAAACUGGAUGUGUAUCUGUGGUUUGGAGCUUGCAGGGACUCUAGCCACAUGCUGGAUAACCUGCCUGCAGGAUUCACUCCAGCUACAGGGGGCGCUGAUGCCAACAGCCCUCCUACACACUUGCACUGCGAAGAUUAUCAGUCAGACUCUCAGUCCUACAUGGAAUCAGUGUUUGCCAAUGAGCCAUCUGCUGCUGAGUGGAGAUUUGCAGUAUAUCCAGCGAGAGCCACCACAUAUCCUCAUAGAGGUGUAUGAUGACGACGCACUGGGAAAGGCUGAGUAUCUGGGUACCACAGUGGCAGUGCCCGAGGUCUGUCUGUCCUCUGCUCCCUACACACCUCCAACUCUCCAGUACAACGCUCUGCACUGUGGCAGCCAGCCAGGGGGAGAAUUGCUGGCUGCAUUUGAAUUGCUGCAGAUCUCACACUCUGAACAGCAGAGUCUGCCAGACUUAGAGGAACAAGAUGGAGGCAUCUACACAGUUCCUGCAUAUAUCAGGCCUGUCCUUAGCACCUACAGACUAGAGGUAUUAUUCUGGGGUCUGAGGGAACUGAAGAAAGUCCAACUUCUGUCUGUGGAUAGGCCACAGGUCAUUAUAGAGUGUGCUGGUAAGACGUUACGCUCUUCUGUUAUUCAGAAGUACAAGUCCAACCCAAACUUCACCACACUCGUUGAUGCCAUCGAGCUGGAGUUACCAGAAAAUGAACAUCUCCAUCCUCCGCUCAGUAUCACGGUUGUUGACUGGCGUGCUUUUGGUCGCAGUACGCUUGUUGGGAACCACAUCAUCAACAACCUCAAAGCUUUCAAACCGAUUCCACUUCCAGCCCUUCCUGCACCCACACAGACACACAAACCACCCAAAGACAUCAGCACCCCUGGACCUGCCAUGACAGUAGAGCCACACAGUGCUGAGGGACGGUCACAGGAUUCUCCAGAGACUAGUUCGGCUGUAGCAGUGGCUAACCAAGAUUUCCGGAUCACUGUAGAGGAUGAACCCCUACCACCCGCUCCACCACCUGCUCCACCCAUUCCUAAGCAAGAAGCCAGGAAGAAGAAGAUGAUAGAGAGCAGGGCAAAGUCCACCCGUAGUCGUUCCACCAAACGCAGGAAGCGGACUAUCGCAGAUGAAUCAGCUGAGAGUGUCAUCGACUGGUGGUCCAAAUACUACGCCUCAGUAGAGAGAGAGAUCAAACGACGGGACAACUCUCCAUUUUCUGAGGUCUCCAAAGCUUUGUCGUACCACAACUUGCUCAGCGAUGGAAUAGAAUCUUUGGUCAGCAGCCAGUCCGAUGGAGAUAAGAAGAAGAGGCAACAGAAAGUAAAGGGAACGAGCAUCAGCCCUCAUACCAAAUUAGCUACACUCAAGCUGUACAACAAGGAGUUGGAGUCAGAGUUUGGGUCCUUUGAUGACUGGGUGAAAACAUACGAGUUGUUCCGAGGGAAAGCCAGUGAGGAAGAGGGAUCAAAUGAGGAGAGGUUUGUUGGAAAAUUUAAGGGUCGAUUCUGCCUCUAUAAGCUCGCUGAGGAGGAGGAGGAGGACUGGCAUGAAGCAAUAGAUGCUGGGAGCUUCAGAGUCAACAGAGGAAUCCCUCCCAACAGCCCAGUCCAAGUUCUCAUACGGGUUUACAUUGUCUGUGCCUCUAACCUGCACCCAGCUGACCCGGAUGGGAAGGCGGACCCUUACAUUGUUCUACGACUUGGCAAAAAUGAAAUCAAAGACAGAGACAACUACAUUCCCAAACAGCUAAACCCUGUUUUUGGAAGAUCUUUUGAGAUGCAGGCAACACUUCCUCAGGAGUCUCUGCUGUCAGUGUUCAUCUAUGACCACGACCUGGUGGGAGGGGACGAUCUGAUUGGAGAGACCCGCAUUGACCUUGAGAACCGAUAUUACAGCAAACACAGAGGCACCUGUGGACUCCCUGCUGAGUAUAGUCUUGAGGGUUACAAUGCCUGGAGAGACUGUUUGAAGCCAUCAGAGCUGUUGGCAAAGAUGUGCAGAGAGAGCGGUUUGGACGGUCCUCACUUCAGUCCAGGACGCAUCAUUGUGUCAGAGAAGGUUUUCACUGGCAAAACGCUCUUCAUGCAUGAAGACGAGCCAGUGGAGUCCUAUGAACACUUGUCACUGAAGAUCCUACACCGCUGGGCUGAGAUCCCAGGUGUAGGAUGCACACUGGUACCAGAGCACAUUGAGACCAGAACUCUGUUUAAUAAGGCCCGGCCUGGAAUGGACCAGGGUCAGGUCCAGAUGUGGGUAGACAUGUUUCCAAUGGACCUGCCACAUCCAGGACCUCCAGUGGACAUUUCACCUCGAAAACCAAAAGGAUACGAGCUGCGUAUUAUCAUCUGGAACACAGAGGACGUCAUUUUGGAGGACAGCCACUUCCUCACUGGUCAACAGUUCAGUGAUAUUUACAUCAAGGGCUGGCUGAAAGGUUUAGAAGAUGACCGACAAGAAACUGAUGUGCAUUACAACUCUCUGACUGGAGAAGGAAACUUCAACUGGCGCUUCGUGUUCCCCUUCAGCUACCUGCCUGCUGAAAAGGUAGUGGUGGUGAGGAAGAGAGAGAGUAUUUUCUCUCUAGAUAAAACAGAGCAGAAGAUUCCUGCUAUCCUCAUUCUGCAGGUCUGGGACUUUGAGACACUCUCCUCUGACGACUUUCUAGGCACACUAGAAUUAGACCUCCAUGGAUUUACUCGGGGAGCUAAAACAGCCAAGUUGUGUAAGGCGGACAUGCUGACAGAUGGGACUGAGAGAAUCUCCAUCUUUCAGCAGAAGAGAGCACGAGGCUGGUGGCCCUUCACCAAGUCAGGAGAGUUGACCGGGAAAGUGGAAGCAGAGUUCCAUCUUGUGACAGCUGAGGAGUCGGAGAAAAAUCCUGUUGGCCGUGCCCGCAAGGAGCCAGAGCCACUACCAAAACCAAAUCGUCCAGACACCUCCUUCUCGUGGUUCGUUAACCCUUUCAAAUGUUUCUUUCACUUGGUGUGGCGAAGCUACAAGAAGUACAUCAUCAUCGGCAUCAUUCUGCUGAUCACAGCGCUGUUCCUUGCCCUGCUCUUCUACACACUACCCGGAGCCAUCUCCAACAAGAUUAUCAGCGGCUAAACGGAUAAACUAUGUGUGUGUAUGCUGCAGCUCUACAGCUUUUCCAAAUGAUCAAAGUCUCCAUUUUUUGAAUAUUGAAGUUGUGUAGAUGUUUGGUCUCACUUUUUAAAACAGUCAUAUACAUCAACGGGAAUAAGAAUGAAGGCUGGCCAUUUGCUUUUAAUUCGUUCUGUGUCUGAAUAAAUGUUUUCCAAAUGUUACUAACCAGUGAAAGUUAACAUAUUAAGAUUUUAAGAUGAUGAAAAUGGAAAACAAAAUCUGUUUAACCAGAAUAAAUAAAUGUGAGUCAAUAACA